AUGUCUACAGAUAAGAAGAUAGGUGAUGUUGGUAAUAUAGGAAAUGCAAACUUCCCAGUCGAUGCUGAUGGAGUUGUCUAUCAUUUGGGUGUAAAGAAAGGCCAACUUUCACAACGUAUACUUACAGUUGGAGAUUAUGGUAGAGCUAUUAAACUUCGUGAUCAUUUAUUUGAUACAGGUAAAAAGGUAGUUACAUCUGAACACCGUGGAUUCCAUAUUCACACUGGAGAAUACAAAAAUGUACCAGUGUCUAUUGUCUCUAUUGGUAUGGGUACACCAAUGAUGGAUUUCCUUGUGAGAGAAGGUCGUUAUGUGACCGAGGGUACAAUGGCAAUUGUAAGAUAUGGUACUUGUGGUUCACUUCGUGAUGUACCUGUUGGAACGUUGGCUAUUGCCAAAGAAUGUGUAUUGAUUCGUAGAAACCCUGAUCACUGGCACGCAGACUCUUCCAACCAGGUCAAGCCAUACGAUAUUUCAAAGGCUGUAAAGGGUGAUACAGAGAUGGUUGAAAAGUUGACCAACGCUUUCACAACCGAAUUCAAUGGUCGUAGACAAGUUAUUCAAGGUUUAAAUGCCACUGCCGACUCUUUUUACAGUAGUCAAGGACGUCAAGACUCUAAUUUCGAUGACCACAACCAAGAACUAAUCCCAUCGAUCAUUCAAACACACCCCGAUGCUGCCACACUCGAAAUGGAAACCUUCCAACUCUACCAUCUCGCCGAAAGAUCAACUGUCGAACCAAUCAAAGCAGCCGCUGCAACCAUCAUCCUCGCCAACAGAGUCAGUAACAGCUUUUUGGGAAAUGACGAAAAAGCACAAUUAGAAUUGGAUGGUGGUAGAGCUUGUCUUGAAGCUUUAAUCUCUAUGAAAUUAUAA